AUGACUCUGGAAUCGCCAAAUAACAAUAAAGACACACACAACGCUGGUAAUAAUACAGAUAAUGGUAAUAAUACUCAAGAUCAUCGUAUUUCAAGUGAUCCUGGAGUAGCAGCCUUAUUAGAACUGAGCAAAGAAAUAGAAGAAAGACAGCAAAAACAGAUGCAAGAAUAUCAAGAGCGGCAUUCACAAGAUAUAGCUGAAAAGACAAAAGAUGGAGAGGCGGUUGAUCCUAGAGAAUUACGACCACCAGGAAUAUUACCGCCACAAGCUAUGUUAUCCACACCACCACCUCCUCCACCUGUUCUGAAGUCAUCCGAAGAUUCUUCUAGUUUAUUAUCACCUUGGUGGUCAGAAGAGGCGCCCUUAGCGGAAACAGCAGCAACAACAGCAACAGCAGCAAAUAAUACAGCGUCCUUAGAUCAAUCUAGUGAUAUUAAUAACAUGAUUAAGAAUAAUAACAAUGAUGAUGAUGUUAGUGGCGAAAACGAAGACAAUGUGAACAGUAAAAUAGACGAUAAAGCAAAUGAAACCGCUUCACAGAAUUCAUCACAAACUUCUUCUCAGAAAAAUAGCAAUCAAAAGACAAAUCUCUCUUUUACAAUAUUUGACAGAGCACUAAACAAGAAAGAUCAGAAUAUAUUCAAAGAAAGAUGUAUAUUAUUCGCAACGACAAUUGCUAAAUCACAACAAAAAGAAGCGAAUCAAGGAGAAGCAGCUUCUUACAAUGACCUACAGGAUGUAUUAACACGUUCCAAGCAAUGUAGCAUGGUUUGCUUCUUGAAAUUCAACAAAGAAGUCAUGUCAUCUUCAUUAUCAUCAACAGCGUCAACACCAGCUUCAAAUAGUAAAGCCACAUCAAUACCUACAAUAUCUGCACUUACAGAUACGGAUACAACCGCAUCAUCAUCACCUAUAUCAUCAUUUUUAAGACCUUUUGAUGGUACCUUCAUAACAGUAGCGAAAACUGCCAAACGGUGCGAAGAACAUAUAUAUUCUGACAAUAUUCAGAGCAAGACGUCUCCUGAUUACUUUACUAUUAAUCUUGGCGAAGAGAUUCAUCAUUCUGGAGAGUAUGUUACGAACAACGUUAUUAAAAUUCUCACACCUCUACAAACAUUUGCACAAAAAUACUUGGAUUCAUGGAAAGAUGGUACACAACAAAAAUUCUUUGCUCGUUUUUGGACAACAGUGCAAAAUGGUGAUGCUUUACAUUUAGUUGGAAAAAGUACGAAAAAGAUGAUCGAGUUGAUAAAGGAAAAAACUAGUAGAGAUGAUGAUAAUAACAAAAAAUAG